AUGCUGCACGGCUACCAUUCCUUUCCGAGCAGCGGACACCUCUACUGGGGACCACAUCAACAAACCACCGUUACGAGCACAUCAGCCCCACCUAGAGGAUUUCAAAACCGGUACCGCCACCAACUGAUGCUCCUCACAUCGUCACCUCGAUUGGACCCGCCUCACAGCAAGUCCCCUUCAUCGAUUACCCGACGAUCUCCCUUUGUCUACUUCUACAGCUUUGGUCUUUCUCUUCGCCGCGGUGAUGAAGAAGAUGUAAUGGCAAUUGCGAUGCUGUGUGGGUCCAAUUGCGGCUGGUGUGUUCCCUCUGCUUAUGUCGCGUCGCUACCUCCAGUGACGAGAAAGAGAGCUAGGAAGAAGCAUGCUUGGGCGGUGGCUGUUGUUGUGCGGACUGCUUCGCUUAGUUUACGUUGA